ACAAGGAGAAAAACUAACCGUUUCAUAUUUUUCGGUCGUAUGGAAUUCUGAAGUCAGUUAAUACGAAUCAUACGUGAAUUUAAUGAUCAUUGUCGUACCUGUUAAGUGUUCGAUUUUCAAGCAAAUUAUCAUAAUGUUGCGGCGGCGUUAAGGAGAAGCCUAUUAGACACUCCUUACGUUACCGUGUUCUUCAGGAAAUCCAGCCAUGGGUGAUUAAUUUUGGAUUGUAUCACCCAUCUCAAUUCCAUACGGACAAGAACAAACAGUAGUGCACGUUUAACACUGGCAUAGCUGUUGCGUCGCUCCGCCUAUCUUCUUUUCCGGUCGCUCUAGUGAUAUCCCCUCAACCCUAUAAACGGACUCGUAAGUCAUAGAAGAAACUCUGCUAUUCUGUAUCAGUGUCCACCAAUUCCUCACUGCAACGUUUCAGAUGGACCAGAGGUGUCUUAAACGGUUCUUGGUACUGCUCUCACUUUUAAUAACCUUUACAAGUCUAUAUUUCGUCUACUUCGAAAUAAACACGACCACAAGAGUGUUAUAUGGCAUCCCACAAGUGCACUGCAUGGAGCUCCGUCAAAAGUUUUCCGUCAUCGCUUCAGAUAGCAACUUUGAUAUCAUGAACUUCACUGAGGAUCUUUCAUUAUUGAUGAGAUGUCCACCUGUGUCCAACAUCACCAUUAAAGAGUUACACAGAGUCAGACUGCGUAGCUGUUGUAACGCAACAGGUGUUUUAUACUUCACGAAGCAGAAUACAGCUGUCAAUGACAGUAUUCCUUAUGAGACUAACUCAAAACGGAGCUACAAAGUAAACACUGAAGUUCACGACAUGCUGCCUGAGGUGUUUCCAUGGAGUAAGCGUCCUCUCAGUCAUUGUGCUGUGGUGGGCAGUGGAGGGAUUCUGAAGAACAGUAGUUGUGGAAGAGAGAUUGACAGUGCAGACUAUGUCAUCAGGUUUAACAUGGCUCCCAUUAAUAACAGUGAUGUUGGGUUAAAGACUGAUCUGCUCACUGUUAAUCCCAGUCAGCUCACACGCUUUAAAAUUGCGAAACUUGGUCCAGAUCUAUUAGUGCAGCGUUUGAAUGUGUACGGUAACUCAUCAAUCAUCAUUCCAGCAUUUUCAUAUUCAUACAAUACUCAGCUGGCCAUCAACACGCUCAAAGUGCUGCGGCCAAUCAUACCUCACCAGCAAAUCGUCUUCUUUUCACCAAACUACCUUAAGAAAUUGGCUGGUCUCUGGAAGGGGCGUGGCCUGAAAGUGACCCGCCUCUCCACAGGUUUUAUGUUAAUUAACGUGGCACUAGAGCUGUGCGAUCACGUGCAUGUUUAUGGAUUUUGGCCAUUUGACAUCAAUCUGCAACAGCAAGAGGUUCCACAUCAUUAUUAUGACAAUGUUGGACCAAAACGUGGCGUUCACUCCAUGCCAAAAGAGUUUCUUAACUUGCUGCAGCUCCACAGCCAGGGGGCGCUGACACUGCACAUACAGCCCUGCUCAUAACUGAAGAUCUUGUGUGUGUUGCUCAUCUGGCGAUUGCUCAUGAUCUUGGAUUGUUCGGCUCUUCGAUGCUCAUCCUGGACUUUUUGUUUUAGCAACAGGUCCGUUUGCUAAAACCUGCUUGGGAGCUGGAUUGUUUAAUGUAAACAGGAUUAGAAUGCAACCAUGUCAAGUCGGCUUCAUUCAUACAAAAGCAACUUGUUUUGCGCAAGGCACAGGAUUAAUAAAAAGAGCUUUGCGAAUUUAACAUGUAAUUAAAGCAAUGUUUUGCUUUAAGAACAAUAUUUAUUGUUAUUUAAUAUAUUAAGAACAAUUUGUGUUUUUAUUAAGUGUGAAAAGUCUGCGAUGAGGACAGAAAUGAAUGAAUGAAUAAAUAAAUAAAAUAUAUAUUUUUUCAAGUGAA